CACUCCGGUCUGUAGGUGGCGGUAACAGGCCUAUGAGCUUCUUCUAUGAGGCAGAAGAAGAAACAAACAAACAGGAGACACGUUUUAUUAGAAACAUGAGUGGAAAUGAGGAAGAACCUGGCUGGACCAAGGCAAACCUGCAGAAACUGAUCGUGUCCAUGAAACGCAGCUUCCCAGAAGAAGCCAAGAGGAAAACAUACAGCAAAGGACGAAACCCUGUGGACUGGGACCAGGUGGCUUUCCCUCCUUUCUCUCCUGAGGCAUGCCAGCACAAGUGGGAGGAGAUUCUGCAGGAGAUUCGCAAGAUGCGGUCCCUUACAGAGCUCAUCGUUGAAGCUGAAGAAGCCAUAAAGGCAAAAUGCCGCCCAUGUGAGCCCAAGAAACCAGCUCGAGCCGGUUAUCACGUUUUCUUUAAGGAACAGAUGAAGCUCCAACGCGAGAAAUUCCCACACUCAAAUCAGCGCUGCACUGAGGUCUCCAAAAUGUGGAAAGAACUUUCCAGUGAAGAGAGAGAACGCUACAAAGAGAAAGUGGAUGACAGUGAAAUGAUAAAAUACUCGAUGGAGCUGUGGAAGUGGUUUAAGACACUGACGCCAGCAGAACGAGAAGACUACCUGACACGUAAUCCCGGUAAACGUAGAUACUUGGAAAUCAAGAAAAAUACAUUUUUUGAGAGAAAAGAACCCGACUUGCACAGACCGUCAGAUUCGGAAGAUGACGACAUCGAGUACAGCAGCAGUGAUGAAGAAGCGAUCGAUUGGGACUGUGAAGAGGAGGAGGUGGAAGAAGAGGAAGGAGGUGACAUGUUUGAGAUGUACUGGUGAUGAGAUGGACAGCAGAAGCAACACGCACUGGAUGAUUUUAAGGUGUCGUUGCUUGGCUGGAAGGUUUCCGUCACCAGUGCUCCAAUACUGGAUUACAAAGUGCCCCAUGGACCACAAGAGUCCCAGUUUACCUACUGUGUGUGACCGCUAGUUUGUUUAAUGUACACCACUAAAACACAAACUAAUGUCAUGAGGGCCUGCAUUUCUCUGUGAAAUGAAAUAUCCCUUGAUUGGAUAUACACAAAUCAAAGAUUUUCAGUCAUAGUAAAGAAGAAAUUACGAAUUGGGUCUUUUUAAAGGUGGGUUCUGCUUUGUGACCUACUUUUGAGGCCCCGUUGUUGACACGGCAUCCCUCUGCAAACAUCCUGUUUCAAGACCUUCGUCCUUUUCGUCUUAGAUUGUGCUCACAUGCUGAGUUUCUCUCCAAAUGUGCAGCACACCUGGGAGUAUUCGAUAAUCUGCUACUUGAGGAUUAUUCACAAUUAACCCACCACUACAUAAUGCAUCUGAAGUCACCCUGGUGAAGGAAGGAGACAUGUUAAACUAUUACUCGGCUAUUUAUUUCAUCUACUGUGACAACAUGGAUGUGCAGAAUAGAGAGCGCAGCAUGACUGUGGGGUUUGACUGAUUUUCUCGAGGUCAAAAUGAAUGAGAUGAAUGUUUUUUCACACAUUUUAAACUGCCACACCAUGACAGUAAAAGACUGUAAAAUAUAAAAUACAUGAAGCAUGACAGCAUUUGCCUGUGCACAGUAAAACAUAGUCAUUUAUUCAAACACCAUUUACGACUGGGGGGUGGGCGGAGGGAUUUCACUUAUUUUGUUGUGGUCAGAAUAAAUGAAAAAUGUUGCCUUGUGGGACUUUUUUUUUUUUUUGGACUUUAU